UUAUCAACAGUGUAGUUCAAGGACAUUGGAAAAUAUUUUACUUCCCUGAUUUAGCUAUGUAUUUGGUGAUUUUGUUUAUCGUGUUCUGUCCAUCUUGUCAAGGGAUAUGGAGCUUGUCUGCCAGCCCAUCAACUACAAUCGGGAAAAAUAACGUUACCCUCGAUUGCUACUUUUAUGAAAAUACCAAUAAAUAUAACAUUAUACCUGAAAUGAUUAUGGAAAUCCGACAAAACAACACCAGAGAAGACUGGAAAGAAGUUGCAAUGACUAAUAUCACAGGAUCUUACAUCGUCAGAACGGACCAGGACAUGGAAAUCUAUAUAAUGUCUUCUUCUGGUUGUAACGAUCAUCGUUAUUGGUACUAUUAUGACAUAUUUUGCAGGACAAGGGUUGUUGUCUCUUUAACACUAAACAGGUGUACAAUUGACCCAAACCUCUACACAAUCUUUCGAUGUAGAGUGUCCAACAGAAGUAACAAUUUUGAAAGUCAAGAAAAAAGUUUUGUAUGGACGAAAGGGAAAUCUCCAAACGGAAUUGAGAGCCUCACCAUUGUUAAAAGCCGCGGGGAAAGACCAGGAGAUGUUGUGCAAUUUAAAUGCAUAGGAGAAGUUGAAAGCAUAAAUGGUCUACCAAGCCAGAGCAUCAGAUGGUGCAAGAAUAUUUCUGGAAAAUUUACUGAAAUAUCUCUACAAGACAAUGCAAACACUGUAGUAGUAUCUAGCAGCAAAGAUGGAUGCAUAAAUGUACAGCAAUCUGAGAUCUUUUACCACAUCUUGCAAAGUGAUGAAUACCUAGAAAUAAUGUGUGAAUCGGGCUACAAUAGAUACACAAGUGAAUGUGGAAGAGGAAAAGCAAAUUCGACAAUAUUCAUAAAGACAAAAACUUCGACUGAAGUAGAGGGACAGUGGAAAGUAUAUCCUAUCUUGAUAUACGACGAGACGGAAGUUAUAAAUGGACAGUAUUUCAACACUCAAGGAAUUGGAAGAACCAUUCAUCUGUUUUGUACUGCUUCCUCUUUCACAUCGAAUGAACAGCCGAUGAACUGGUGCGUAAAAAAGACAGACAAUGCUAACUGGACAAGAGUUGUCACGCAAGAAGAUGAAAUAAAGUCUUCAGCAAAUAAAAGUGGCGGAGAAAUAAUAAUGUUCAGUCGUAUUACCUAUCAUGUAACGGAGUACGACAAGGUUGUCCAUUUUAUCUGUGAAGUUUCUAAUUUCUCUACCACUCCCUGUGGAUCUGGAUUAACUUCUUCAAGUCUAACAAUUCGGAUAAACGCCCAUCAAACAGUGCUAUCUGAAAAGGAACGUUCUGCCACUGUGACUGUUUUAGCUGUCUUUUUGUGUUUGAUUUUAAUCACAGUAAUGGCUCUUGUAAUAAUCUUAUACAGAAGAGAAGAAUUGACAAUAUUUGGAGUUGUGAUCAAGAUUGAAAGAAGCAGCAACCGAUUUCAACUGCCGGAGGAGAACGGGAACAAAGUUAUUGCAGUGCCUACACAAGCAAUAUCCUCGAAAAGAAUAUCUCAAUCAAGCAUACGAUAUAUUGAAGAGCCAAUCAAAAACAAUUCUAAGAUUGAUGAAAACAAGACAGAGUGUAAAGGUCAAAGAGAUUCUGAAGAUAAUUCACAAGGGUUUUAUGAAGAACCGGAUUGCACUUUGGUGGUUCGAAGACAAAGUGUAUAUGAAAAUGAAUUGUUGAAAGAUGAGAUUUUGAAUGAAGGAGAAAAAUUUAAACAAAAAACUGAUUCAGAAAUAUGUGACUACGAUGAGCUACACAUUGACGAAGAACAACAAAACUACGAAGAUCUAGACUUAUAACAAGUGCAUGUACUUUCAAAACAAAAAAACAAAGCUUUCCUUUUUUUCCUAAAAGCAAAAUACGUAUAAUAUUAAGCAUCAACUUAUCUGAAUGUGAAACAUUUGAUCACUUACUAGGAAUAGUUAUAAAAAUAUUGUUUCCUUGUGAAAAGAACAUCCCUUAUCUUGUAUUUCUCAAUGAAAUUUCCUGUUACAUGUAUGUACUAUUUUAGAUUCUCACGUUUUGAUUUGUAUAUAGGUACCGUAAAUCUGGGAAUUUUACUUCGAUUU